CUUCUUGUAGACGCGCGCAAAUUGAUUCAGGAAGUGCAUUUUUAUUAUUCUGUCGUGUUGUCGUCAGAGUAGGAAUAUAUACACCGAUAUGUUUCUUCGUUAAUAAGGGUCACAUUUCAUUUGAAUAUGUCGGCCGGUUCCGAAUCUAUACAUGUAUCAUCACUUGGAAGGGGUGACAGCUUGCAUCAGCAGGUUCUCGCCUCCUUCCCUCUGUGUGACAUGACAGAGGAGGAUCUGAUCCAGAACCCUCAGUUCUGUAAACUCCUGGCCACCUUGGCACAACAUGUGGACCAAACUGGACUCACUGUCCCGUUGAAAACAGAGCUGGACAAGGUUGAGCAGAAGCUACAGAGCCAGAGACGUUACUGGCUGCGCUCAGAGAGCCUCUACAGAGGGCUGCAGGAGAUGAUCCAGGACCACUGUGUCAGGAAAUGCCAUGGCACUGUCCCACCUGACCAGAACAUGUUCUGUGAGACAAUGGAGAAGUGUCUGCUGGUAGCUCAGUGCCUCAGACAGCUGGAUGACAGUAGCAGUAACGACCAGGACCAGCCCUCUGUUCUCGGCCUGAAACCACAACAGGUGAUGGAGCUCCUGCCAUCAGAGAAGAGUGUGCAAAGAAUGAAACAGAGUCUUCCCAGAGAGCUGGAGAAACAUCUGAAGAAAAAGUGUCUCAGCCUCCUGUCAUACUAUCAGCCUGAAUGGGAGAAUGAGAGUGAGGGUCUGAAGAACAGCAAGUUGUCUCAUUUGUCAGCUCAGCUGGAGGGAGAGAAGAAAAGAACAGAGAGUCUUAAGGAGACCUGCAGGGAAAACACAGUACUCUUGCAAAGACAUACUCAACUCUACCUGUCUGAGUUGAUUAAGUGCAUUCAGCUUCUCCAGUCUCUCAUCUUGGACCACAGGCUGAAGAUCCAGACAGAUUUGGACAGGAAGAAGCUGGACUACCUGGAAGGCAAAUGUGAAUUAGUCUCACAGAAGAUAAAGACCGAGAUGGUGGAAAUUCAGCUGGACACCUACACAAGUGACACAAUAUCUGCUCAUAGAAAGAUAAGAGAGAAGCUGGAGUCUGAGUUGAAGGCCUGUCGGCUCGAGAAGCAGUCUGUGGAGUUAAAACUGGCUUCUUUUGAGAUCUUGGGCAAAGAGUUUGAGGCCCUGGCUGAGGAGUACUGCAGAUUACGACAGGAGAUAGAAAUGAAAAACUGGGCUCUGAAGGAGUUCACCCAGCACAGUGACAAGUGAAGAUCAUAUCUGAUGCUGGUAGAACAGAUUGCCACUCUCUUUCAUAGUGUGUCAUUGUUUACAAUGAGAUGCCGGCUUUUGGACACUUGACACAGAAACUGUGCAUACUUUUGGCCUUUAGUAACUGUGUAGCAUGGGCUGACUACAGGCUCUCAUAACUCUUAAUUGAAAAAUAUUUAAUUAUCUUCAAUAAAUUGAGUCAAAUGCA